AAAUGCAGAGGAUGGAGCGCAGAACGAUAAAGAAUGUUGAAUUUUAAUCUAGUUUGUCUUUUCGUCACAUUAUUGUGAAAUAUUAGAGUUUUUUGUGUUAAAUGCUCGUUGGUUUGGGGUAGAUCUCUUUUAGCGGCAUGAAAGGAUCGGAAAUGCAAAGUUUAUUGUGCAUGUUGUUUUUUGCUUCAGUGUUGCCAGUCUCCUGGUGCGCACACGGCAGGUUCGCCCAGAAGCUCCUUAAUGAUCUCUUUGACAACUACACCAGCGCUCUAAGGCCGGUAGAGGACACAGAUGCCAUCCUGAACGUCACCCUGCAGGUCACACUCUCGCAAAUCAUCGACAUGGAUGAACGAAACCAAAUACUGACAGCCUAUUUGUGGAUACGACGAGUGUGGCUGGAUGCUCAUCUCAAAUGGAGUAAGGAAGACUAUGAUGGACUCGAUACCAUCCGUAUACCUAGCAGUUAUGUAUGGAAACCCGAUAUAGUCCUAUAUAACAAUGCCGACGAUCACUUCACAGGCCCCAUGGACACCAACGUGGUAAUCAGCCAUGAUGGCCAGAUCAUGUGGGACUCGCCGGCAAUUACCAAAAGCUCUUGCAAGGUGGAUGUGUCCUUCUUUCCCUUUGAUGCACAGCAAUGCAGGUUCACCUAUGGCUCAUGGACCUACAAUGGCAACCAGCUGGAUAUCCUUAACGCCAUGGAGAGUGCCGAUCUGGCAGACCUGGUGGACAAUGUGGAGUGGGAAGUCCUUGGCAUGCCGGCCACCAGGAAUGUCAUAUUGUACGGCUGCUGCGCUGAUCCUUACCCUGAUGUCACGUACACCUUGAAACUCAAGAGGAGGGCGUCUUUCUAUGUCUUCAACCUGCUGAUACCGUGUGUGAUGAUCUCGUUUCUAGCUCCACUGGGCUUCUACCUGCCUGCCGACUCUGGAGAGAAAGUGUCUUUGGGUGUCACCGUUAUGCUGGCGUUGACUGUCUUUCAAUUGUUGGUUGCGGAGAUCAUGCCACCCUCGGAGAAUGUACCACUGAUUGGCAAGUACUACAUAGCCACCAUGACCAUGAUUACUGCCUCCACUGCCUUGACCAUUUUCAUCAUGAAUAUUCACCACUGCGGCCCAGAUGCCAAGCCUGUACCCAAGUGGGCCAAGAAAGUCAUCUUGCAGUACAUGGCGAGAAUGUGCUUUGUUUACGAGGUCGGGGAGAACUGCAUGUCUCCACAGUCGGAGAAAAGGGAACCAUCAAUGGUGAGGAACCGCAACAUGAACGGCCUGGCGGGUGCCCGCGGAGCAGAUCGGAACUUAGGGAUAGAGGGAUAUAGCUCCGUGACCACAGAGGAAAGACAAGACUCGGACCCUAACAACUGCUACGAUUCCUGGAAAAAUGGAACCUUCGUCGACAUGGACUAUGACGACUUGUGUGACGCCAAGAGAUGUCGGAAAGGUGGCGUGAGUGACGGGGAGCGGUCACACGGGGCCCCCUGCAAUGAGAAGCUUCUGAUUUUGCCUAACGUGGAAUACAUCGCCAACUGCUACAGGGAGCAAAAGGCCACUCAGAAGAGAACCGGCGAGUGGAAGAAGGUGGCCAAGGUGCUGGAUCGCUUCUUCAUGUGGUUGUUCUUUAUCAUGGUCUUCUUCAUGAGUCUUCUUAUCAUGGGCAAAGCCAUCUGACAGAUGGCACAUUUGUUUAACGGAGUCAUCCUCAAUGACAGUGCUUUACACAGCUAACUCGUUGUGUGAAACAUUGGUAUUGAUCAAUAUUUGUUUAACCAUUUUUUUUAAAGAUAAAAGGAAAAAAAAUCUCUCUUACCUACCUGAGCCAAUUGAUGCAUAUGUCUUUGUUGAAAUCAAAUAUGAAGUAAAAAAUAUAUCAAUAAAUAAGCUAUAAACUUUGGAUUCCAUGGAAUAUGGAUAAUAUGAUAGAUUUGAUCAAAUGAAUAUUGAUUUCCACUCAAAUCUUAUUCGUACAAACCUAUUUCUUUUACUCAUAAUGUGUUAUCGAGGAACAGAUAGGGGACGUGCCAGAUCAAAGAGUUAGAUUCAUGUGCAAAAAAAAAAAAAAAGAAUGGAAUUGUUUUGUUUGCCGUGCAUAAGCAAAGGAAUCAUUUAGCUUUGCUGUUAAUAACAAUUGUUUGUUAGAACAUUAAAAAAAAAAAAACUCCCUCUCAACUUGUUUUGAGUGAUCCAAAUACAGUCAAUAAAAUUUCUCUACUUAAAGGGAUCCUCGAUCUUUAAGACAAGUAAUUCUUAAAAGAUACAUGUUAGUAUGAGUAAUAAUAAUUUGAAAUUAAAACCCCUCUUAAAGGGUAUGACAACACCUGGGGAAAUGCUAAUAUUCCAUCAUUUAUCCAUAAACGCAUGCCUUUUGGAUUCAUAUCAUGCCACUUCCUGUACUUACACACAUCGCAACACCAAGAAAAUGAUAGAAAUUUGGAUCGAUUGUCAAGCUAAAACGACCGGCGCCCGAGAUCCCGGAAAUCUAGCGUAUUAUGUGCGUGACGUCACAACAAGGAAACACACGGCUCAGUGCUUAGUACUGAAUGGCGGCGAUAAUGGCGCACAAUUUUGUUUCUAGUUGCAGCGACAAAUCCGACGUAACGAACGUUCUUCUAAUGGUGACGAGGAGAGUUAUGAACCUUUCUUUGGUGU